AUGGAAGAGGCAGCACCGGAUUUCAAUGUGGGGGCCAAAGGCAAGAAGCAGCUGGUGGACAACAAGCUGGACACGAUGUUCCGGGGCGGCAAGGUGGACAACUACUUCAAGGUCUCCCAGCGUGGGUCGAACCUGACCACCGAAAUCCGUGCUGGCAUCACCACCUUCUUGACGGCAGCCUACAUCAUGGCUGACCUUGAUCAUGGCGCUGUGGGCGAACCUGCCUUUCGGCUUGUGGCCCGGCAUGGGCAUGAACGCCUACUUUGCCUACACGUGGGCUUCAAGGGUGGGCAGAACUCAGUGAAGAAGGUGAUGUUUGCGGUAACCAUCGAAGGUGUGAUCUUCAUUUUGAUGUCCCUCUUCGACCUCCGCAGAUAUGUCUUCAAGGUGUUCCCCACAUGGAUGAUGAAA